AUGGUGAAAAACCACCAGAAUUAUCUAGCCAAGUUCCCCGAUCGUUUGAGAAGAGUUGCCUAUAAUCUCUCUGAGCGAAGAGAGCGACUGAAAUACAGAGCUUUCUGUGUCUCAAAUGGGAGUCAGCUGCUGUCUGAGGCUGCUCCAGCGCCGUGCAGGAAUUUGAACCAAGUUGCAUUCGUCUUUACAGGGCAAGGAGCCCAGUGGGUACAUAUGGGACGUGAUUUGAUGUUUGAGUUUCCAUCUUUCCUAGAGAAUAUUCGAUCCAUGGACCGUGUAUUAAGGGCCCUUGAACAUGCCCCCUCUUGGUCUAUUGAAGACGUUCUUUACCACACAGAUGAUGGAAAAGUCCUGUCACAACCAGAAUAUUCUCAAACAAUCUGUACUGCUCUACAGAUCGGACUUGUAGACCUGUUAGAAUCAUGGGGCGUCAAGCCAUUCGCUGUUGUUGGCCAUUCCAGUGGCGAAAUAGCUGCUUCAUACUCAACCAGAUCUUUGACGAAGACAGAAGCCAUGACCAUUGCCUUCUACCGCGGUCAUGUCUGUAAGAACCCGCCGCGGAAGGGGGGGAUGGCAGCCGUUGGGCUAGGUAAGGCACAGGUGGCUGCUUUCCUGCUUCCGGGAGUCAGUGUUGCUUGUGAAAACAGCCCAUCCAGUGUCACUUUGGCAGGUAAUGUGGGUGCUUUAGAGACGGUGAUGGCCAAAAUCAAGAAGGCGAAUGAGGACACAUUCGUUAGAAGAUUGAAGGUGGAAAUGGCUUAUCAUUCCGACCACAUGCGUGAUUUGGGAGACAAAUACCGUGACUUGGUCGCCGGCCACCUUGACCCUCGUCCGCCCAGAGUCCCAUUUUACUCUAGUGCGUACGGUGGAACGGUACUUUCUAAGGCGUCUCAAUUCGGCCCGCGCUACUGGCAAGAGAAUUUGGAAAAUCCCGUUCUCUUCAACGCAGCUGUCAAGUCUAUGGUUUCUACGACACCUCAAUUAGUUCUAUUGGAGGUUGGGCCACACUCGAGUCUGCGAGGCGCACUAAGCCAAAUCACACAACCGCUUCACUCCACAGUCCUUUACGUCCCCACGUUGGUCCGCGAUAAGAACGAUACAGAGUCGUUUCUUUCAACAAUAGGCCAGCUCUUUACAGCAGGUGUGGAUAUCAGAGCUCAUUCAGAUCCUACCGAUGCGAUAGUGCUAUCAGAUCUGCCAAGAUACCCAUUUCAUUACGAAAAAAGUUACUGGGUUGAGUCAAGAGUGAUGAGCAAUUGGCGAUUCCCAAAGCACCUUCCACAUGACUUGUUGGGUAUUCGAAUUCUGGAUGGAACUGAUAUGGUCCCAACUUGGCGAAACAACCUUCAGCUUUACGAACUUCCUUGGCUGAGGGAUCAUCGGGUUGGGAAGGAUAUCGUAUUCCCAGCUGCUUGUUACAUUGCCUUAGCUGGCGAAGCCGUAUUUCAACUGACUGAGGGCGAUGCACGUGACUAUACUGCGAAGUCUGUGGAUCUUCAUCAGGCUUUACUUCUCCAGGAAGACGCUGCGACCGAAAUUGUUACAACUCUUCGCCCUCAGCGCCUCACAACAAGCCUCAAUAGUGACUGGUACGAGUUUCUGAUCGUAUCGCAUGAUGGAGAAACAUGGAAGAAGCAUUGCUCUGGGUUAGUCCGAAUCGGUCGUGCGUCUACGCCACCGCCAGCCUUCAACAAGGUAGCGGAGACACUCCCCAGAAAGGUCUCAUCAACCCGUUGGUACGAAACCGGUGCCCGUGUCGGACUGAAUUAUGGCCCUUGCUUCACAGGGCUCCAAAACAUCACCGCUGGCGUUACCGAGACCAGGUCCGCGGCGGAUAUCAUUGAUAAACCUGAGACGGCAUCCGAAUCUAUAUACCCUCUCCACCCAAUCACCCUGGACUUGGCCUUCCAAGCACUGACAGUAGCCAUCUUUCAGGGUGACUAUCGCACUCUUGAUUACCUUCCUCUACCUAUGUUCCUCGGAGAGAUCUAUGUCGGCCAUGGAACAGGUCAGAAGAUACAUAUCUGCUCCACCAGCGGCAGUCAAAACUCGUCUGGUGGUCACAUGUACGGGAUCGGGGAAGACGGGGACUUGCUCCUCUACCUGAAAGAUCCGGUGCAUAUAUGCCUAGAGAAGGACAGUGUUGGGCCAGAGCCAAUGGCUGUCACUUUGGAAUGGAAACCCGACUUUUCCUUCCUAGACAGUGGCAAACUGACCAGACCAAUCUACGACAUCCGAGAACAACUCAUGUUGGGUGAGAGACUGUAUGUGCUCUGUGCCUUGGAAUCUAACAUCGCCUUACAGGGCGUCUCAACAGCGCAGCCACAUCUUGAGCGGUAUAGGCGGUGGCUGGGGACUCAAUGUGCGCGAUUGGCAGAGCCGGGCUAUCUUCUGGUCGAGGAUUCGGUUGACUUGGUCAACAUGGCUUCCAAGGAUCGCCGAGAGCUGAUUCCCAAGAUUCUUGAGCAAUGUAAAGCGACCGGCUGUGGUGAUAUUGGAAUCGCAAUCUGGAAGGCAUAUGAUCAGCUGGUUAAUAUAUUUGAGGGGAAAACGGACUUCCUAGACCUCGUCAUCAACGAUGGGACUUUGUCAAAUGUAUACAAUUGGGCCAACGACAUGUGGGAUGUCAGCGAGUUUUUCCAGCUCCUCGGCCAUAUGCAACCCCAGAUGAAAGUCCUCGAGAUUGGAGCUGGCACAGGUGGGCUGACUGCCAAGGUUCUUGAACACCUUCGCUCGUCAUAUGAGGAACGGCUCUAUUUGCAGUACACCUUUACAGAUUUGUCAUCUGGUUUCUUUCCAGCUGCAAAUAAAAGGUUCGCAGAGUACCAGGCUAUCGAGUAUAAGGUACUCGAUAUCUCAAGGAAUCCGCUGGAGCAGGGGUUCCAGCGCGAGGAGUACGACCUUAUCAUUGCCUCCAAUGUUCUACAUGCCACCCCCAUUUUGCAUGAUACGCUUGUUAAUGUCAGAACUUUACUGAAACCUCAGGGCCGGCUAUUCUUACAGGAGCUCUCUCCAGUCGGCAACAGCAUGGGCUAUAUCAUGGGCAUCUUCUCGGGCUGGUGGCUAGGGGCAGCAGACGGUCGCGACGGAAAACCUUUCAUUUCGCCUGAAGAAUGGGAUACAAGGCUGCGUUCCGCAGGAUUCAACGGGUGCGAGACGGUCAAGUUUGACAAUGAGAAGCCAUAUCACCUCAAUGCAAAUAUCGUGGCCCGGCCAGCAAUAGAGGUUGAAUAUUCCCGAACUAUUACGCUCCUUUCUGGCCCAUCCGCAAUCCAUCCGCUGGCAUUGAAGGUGGAGACACUGCUACAGCACAAAGGAUACCAGACGAUGCACUACCACUGGGGUGAUGAGCAACAUACUAUCCCGGACCAGGAUCUGAUAUCCUUUGUUGACCUUGACCAGCCUUUCUUAAAAGCCCCAAGCGAAGCAGACUGGGAUCAAUUCCUUCAGAUGAUUGGGACUCUGCAACAGGCAUCCGCUAUUUGGCUUUUACCUCUCACGCAGAUAAAAUCGGACGAUCCGCAUACAGCAUUGAUCCUUGGGGUGACUCGAACCAUCCGCUCGGAGCUCGCAAUGCCCCUCAUCACUCUCGAGAUGGAAUCUCACGCUAGUUUGGAAGCGGCAGUUGCAGUGGUUGAUGUUCUCAACAAAUUGCAACAGCGCAAUGAGGAUGACGGGGACCUCGAUCCAGACAUGGAAUACUGUUGGGCUAAUGGUGCUGUGCACAUUGGACGGUACCACUGGUACCCAGUCAAGAAGGCCUUGAAAGAAACGGCGGCUGAGCCAGCCACAAAGGUGUUGAGGAUUGGGACCCAUGGACUGCUACAAUCUCUGUAUUGGAGUGGAUGUGCUUUACCUGAGCUUGGAGCAGAUCAAGUACAGAUUCAAACACAAGCUGUUGGAUUGAACUUCAAAGACGUGCUUGUUGCCAUGGGCGUGGUGGAUAAUGCCUCAAAGGAUGCUAUUUUUGGCGUGGAAGGGGCUGGAUACGUUAGCAAGACCGGCGCAAACAUUGACUAUCUCGAUGUGGGAGACAGGGUUAUCUAUAUUGGAACUUCCACUGUUGGUCUGGCGACGGAGGUCCAGAGACAGGGAUGCUUCACUCUGCGGAUACCGGACUGCCUCAGCUUUGAGGAUGCGGCGACCAUGUCUGCCGCGUAUGUCACAGUACUCCUUGGUGUUGUUGAAAAGGCACGUCUUGAACAUGGACAGUCCAUCCUCAUCCAUGCAGCCACGGGAGGUGUCGGCAUCGCGGCUAUCAAUGUAGCACGGUGGCUUGGACUGGACGUUUACUGCACGGUGGGUAGUGAACGCAAGGUGGAAUUCUUAGUCCAAAAGCAUGCCAUUCCUCGCGAUCGGAUUUUCUAUUCGCGUGAUACCAGCUUUCGAGAUGACAUCAUGGCAGCGACGAAUGGUGUAGGCGUCGACUGCGUACUGAACUCUCUCUCGGGGGAAUUGUUGCACGCCUCGUGGGAGUGUGUAGCCGCAUCGGGCUGCAUGAUUGAAAUCGGGAAAAGAGACAUGAUCGGUCGAGGCCAGCUGGCUCUUGAUAGAUUUGAAGACAACCGCACGUAUAUCGGGAUCGAUUUGAGCAGAUACAUUGUCACCAACCCCACCAAAAUUAUGAAGCUAAUGAAGCUGAUGAUGCAUCUCUAUACUGGGUCCCACAUCCGGCCCAUCGAUCCCAUCACCCUUUACGGUGCCAAUGAGGUCCAAGACGCCUUCCGGUAUAUGCAACAAGGGUCUCAUAUUGGAAAGGUCGUCAUCAAGUUUCUGGAGGAUCAAGGAGCACUUCGAUGGAGUGUAGAGACACCCACGCCAUCAUUUAAACAAGAUCGAGCUUACCUCCUCGUCGGUGGAAUGGGCGGGUUGGGACGGGCCAUUGCUACGUGGAUGGUUACUCAUGGUGCCAGACAUCUCAUUUUCCUAUCGCGCUCUGCGGGGACGUCAGAAAAUGACAAGAUCUUCAUCCGAGAGCUUGAAGCAAGGGGUUGCACAGUACAAGCCUGGGCGGGAGAUGUCGCCGAUCCAGUAACCGUCAAGAACGCCAUCCAGCAAGCGCCACUGCCAAUUGCUGGUGUCAUGCAAAUGGCGAUGAUUCUCUGCGACGUGGGAAUCUUGGACAUGAGUCUCGAGGAUUACCGCACUGCUCUCAAACCAAAGGUGGAUGGAACCUGGAAUAUUCACAAUGCAUUGCCAAAUGAGUAUCUUGACUUCUUCGUCAUGUUCUCUUCUGUCUGUGGUCAGAUGGGCUAUUAUGGGCAGGCCAAUUACGCGGCUGCGAACACCUUCCUCGACGCGUUCGCGCAGUAUCGACAUUCUCAGGGAUUGAAAGCAUCUGUCCAAGAUAUCGGCGCAAUCAAUGAUGUGGGAUUCAUCAGCCAAAAUCCCGCUGUCAAAGCCUCCAUGCAGGCCGGAUCAACCCGACUGAUCACCGAGCAGGACUUCCUCGAUACACUGCAGUUGACUAUUGCUAAAUCAUCCAGCCCCUCAGUCUCGCGCCCUGCAAGAAUGGAAGACCUGGGAACUGGUCUUGUUUUCCACAACCCAAGCCAAGUCACUCAAAUGUCGGAGUGUCAGUUACCCAUCAUGCACCCAGAGAACCACAUCAUCUGGAAACGUGAUCCUCGCAUGGCCAUCUAUCGGAACAUCGAGACAACCUCUACAAAAGUCGAAACCACCAGCAACGGACUGAGAUCAUUCUUCUUGGAGGUUAACACUGAUUCGGCUGUACUUCAGCAACCUGCAGCCGCAGAAUUUCUGGCUCGAGAGCUCCGAGACCGUGUGGCAGCCUUCCUGAUGCGGCAAGAGGGUGAAGAGCCACUGGACCUUGGACUCACGCUCACAGAAGCUGGUGUAGAUUCUCUGGUAGCAAUCGAAAUACGGAAUUGGUGCAAGCAAAACCUUGGAGUGGAGAUAUCUGUGCUUGAAUUGAAAAAUGGAGGCAGCAUGCUUGAUAUUGGAGGGCUGGCUGCGAAAAAGCUCCGGGAAAAAUUGAGCAGCAGUGCAUAA